CCUAAAAUUACACAAUUUUGUGCUGGAUAUUGCUGUAGUGUCCGCCAAUUUUACCCAAACUGCUGUCAACAGAUGCAAUGUAGCUAAAUCACUGCAGACACCAGCGAUCUAGCUUCAAAAUUGCUAGGGACUUGCCUUAAAUACGUGAAAACUUCCAACGCUGCAAUUUUGCGCUUGUUUAUCAGUUGUACGCCCAACAGCUCCAUUUAGCAGGUCAUAGCUGUUUUGCUUCAGAUAUAAAUGGUGCUGUUAUGCUGCAGGUUAUUGGGUGUUACAAGUAUUCUAACAACGAUGUCCUUGAUAUCAGUCAGCCAUCUCCUGCUGCUCAUCCCCAGGGGCUUAGUUCUAGCUCUUCCCAAUCAUUGUAUAUGUCAAACUUCUUCAAUUGCGACGGAUUGCUUUGACAUCAUAGACAUGUUUACUUAUGAAGGAAGCUAAUUUGUUUUGUCACACACUUGUGCCUUUUUGCAGCUGAUGAAAGAAGGGUUAGUUACACCUUGUACAAGUGGCCAUGAGUAAUCUCAAGAAGGAAGGAGCUUUUGGUGCUGCAAGUUGAUGAGAGACUCUGCACCAAUUGUUUGUCAGGUACUUCCACCUUGCUAUAGUUUCCAUGCUGGAGUCGAAAUCCCUUGCUAGUCUUUCUAAUUAUUAUUAUUUUCUCAAUUAUUGUUUAGGCUCUCUUGCAAACAAUGCUACAUUCCAAGAGUUACUCAUACGAGAGUAUGUUGGCUGCAAAAGUUGAAUACAAAAGCAGAAUGAGAGGUGCUCAUAGGAUGGCGUAAGUGUUCCCUUAUGAAGUUUCUUGACUGAGAUUCUUGUAACCUGUUUUCAUCUCUGAUUUAUAUGGUUAAGAAGUGGCCAAUCGAAAUUCUAAUCUAGUUAGUCGACAAUCAUGUGUCUUUCUGUUUGCAAUUCUGAUUACUAGUAAUCUCAUGCUUUCAAGUUCCGAAUCUUAGGUUUCUUCCUCUAGUCCUCUAUGUCAUCUUCUCAAUGAUUGGUAGCUAAUCUACCAGUUACUAAUGAGCUUCGUCCUGUGCUUCUGCUCGCCAACAUUGAAAGCCAUCAAUUUAGCGGUAGUGUUAAUUGUGAUAUUCUGUAGUGUGUGUUCAAAUUGAUGGCGGAAGUGUGUGUUCCAGGAAGAACUUUAAGAUCUUAUUCUUCGAACAAACAAAGAAUUCAUAGAGCUUUGCAGACCUGGAACAAGCAUUCGACAGAUCCAUAAUGAUUCAGUAUUUUUCCUUCAGAGUCAAUGUUUACAUUUUACCAGAUGCAAUUGUUUUGGUCGUAGACUGUUUAUGAAGUGACCCUCAAUCCAUCAUGGUUACUCCAAAAAUAGGUCUCAGUGAUGCGUAAAGGACUUGCGGAGAUGGGAAUUCUGAAACACAGUGGAAGCAAUUCCUACCAUCACCUGAAUCCAAAAUCUAUAGUCUUGAUUACCCAUGCAUCUCAUUCUUCUGCUGCUGCUGCUGCUGGUAAUGAACAAAAGGAUUUCCACAUUGUUUAUCUAGGAGAUCCACCUGAGGGUGUCUCGGCAGUUGAACACCAUAUGCAUGUCUUGUCCUCUGUCAAGAGCAAUGAUGAAGCUGUGGAUGACAUGGUGUAUAGUUACACCAAGAGCUUCAGUGCAUUUGCAGCCAAACUGUCUCCAAGUGAAGCCCAAAGGCUAUCAAGACAUGAGAAAGUCCUUGGCGUCUUCCCAAACCGUUAUCACAAGCUGGACACGACAAAAUCAUGGGAUUUCCUUGGACUUCCCAAGACGGCAAAGAGAAACCUUAAAACAGAGAGGAACAUAGUCGUGGGUCUUCUGGAUACAGGUAUCACUCCACAAUCUAGCAGCUUCAACGAUCAUGGCUUUGGCCCUCCACCUAAGAAAUGGAAAGGCGGCACUUGUUCUCGCCACGCCAACUUCUCCGGAUGCAACAACAAGAUAAUAGGAGCCAAGUACUUCAAGCUAGACGGGAACCCAGACCCAAGCGACAUUUUAUCUCCAAUCGAUGUGGACGGCCAUGGGACCCACACAUCUUCGACCCUAGCCGGGAACUUGGUCCCUCAAGCCAGCCUGUUUGGGCUAGCCAGAGGGUCAGCUCGUGGAGCAGUGCCCGGAGCCAGGAUUGCCAUGUACAAGGUCUGCUGGGUCAGUUACGGUUGUUCCGAUAUGGACUUGCUUGCUGCAUUCGAAGCUGCGAUACACGAUGGCGUUGAUAUCAUAUCGAUCUCUAUCGGUGGUGUGAAUGCGGAAUAUACAUCUGAUGCAUUAGCCAUCGGUGCAUUCCAUGCGACCAAGAAUGGUAUUUUAACUGUGGCAUCUGCUGGGAAUGAUGGGCCUAACCCAGCUUCUGUGAGGAACCAUGCGCCGUGGAUCUUGACUGUGGCAGCUAGUGGGAUUGAUAGGACGUUUCAGAGCAAAGUACAACUUGGAAAUGGCAAGAUUUUCUCGGGAACUGGUGUGAGUCUCUUCCAGCCAAAGGAGAAGCUUUACCCUCUGGUUAGCGGAUUUGAUGCGGCCAUUGAUGAAGAUAACAAGGAGACUGCAAGAUUCUGCUAUGAUGGAUCGCUGGACGCAAAGAAGGUGAAGGGAAAGCUAGUUUACUGCAAGCUAGGGCAGUGGGGUAGGGAUUCUGUCGUGAAAAGUUUGGGAGGUGUAGGGACAAUAGUUGAGAGUGAGCAAUAUCUCGACAUUGCACAAAUUUUCAUGGCACCAGCCACAAUGGUAAAUUCAUCAGUCGGAGACAGCAUUGACAGUUACAUUCAUUCCACAAGAUCACCAGGAGCUGUGAUAUACCAUACACAAGAAGGGAAAGUGGAUGCUCCAUUUGUAGCCUCGUUUUCAUCCAGAGGUCCAAAUCCAGGGUCGACUCGCAUUCUCAAGCCUGACAUAGCAGCACCUGGAAUCGACAUCUUAGCAGCGUACACUCGAUUGAGGACACUGACCGGAUUAGACGGGGACACCCAGCGCUCUGACUUCACGCUCAUGUCCGGAACUUCCAUGGCUUGCCCACACGUUGCUGGAGCCGCCGCAUAUGUCAAAUCCUUCCACCCCAACUGGACUGCCGCAGCCAUCAAAUCUGCCAUCCUCACUACAGCUAAACAAAUGAGCCGAAGGGUGAACAACGAUGCAGAGUUCGCAUACGGAGCAGGACAACUGAAUCCUGUCAGGGCUCGAAGCCCGGGGUUGGUGUAUGACAUGGACGAGAUGUCAUACGUUCAAUUCCUCUGCCACGAAGGCUACAAGGGCUCGUCUCUAUCGGUCCUAGUUGGGUCGAAAUCCAUAAACUGCUCCACCAUCAUUCCCGGGCUUGGCUACGAUGCGUUGAACUAUCCGACCAUCCAAAUGCAAGUGAAGAGCCAGCAGAAGCCGACAGUGGCGACUUUCCAGAGGAUGGUGACCAACGUUGGGCGCGGGCCCUAUCCGGUGGUUUACAAUGCCACCAUUGAAGCUCCCAAAGGUAUGGAGAUCACUGUGAAGCCCAUGACUCUGUCUUUCUCGCGCGUCAACGAGGAGAGGAGCUUCAAGGUUGUGGUGAAGGCAGAGCCCAUUGCCGGGUAUUCUGGGAUUCUGUCCGGAGAGCUUGUGUGGAGAAGCCCUGGGCAUAGCGUUAGAAGCCCUGUCGUGGUUUACAAGCAACAGGACUAAUUCGAUUCCUUUAUUUUUUUUGUAAAAAUGUUUGUGUUCAUCGGUCGCUCGUUUUGUGAUCGUUCAGUCUAUUGCUCGAUCAAGUUUCGAUUAUUAUUUAUAUAAAUAAUUGAUCUUUGUUUCUAAUGUACUCUUUGAAAAUGUUUAUUGUUUCAUGUAUCCGAAUUUAUUCGGAUUUUACGAGACAUCGAUAUGUUAUUGAAUAACUUCUUACCUAAGUCAAUAAUUUUUUAUUUGUUGA